AUGAAUACCACUUUUUCAAAUUUGACCUACUCCGCAAACCGUGCAUCUGCCAUGAGCCAACUCUACUUCCUUGUGGUUCAUCAAACUGUGGUUAUGACUGUUUCCCUACUAGGAAACCUAUUCCUCCUGUUCGUCAUCUUUCGAGGAAACCAUGUCAUGAAACGACGGGUGUCACCAGUGCAACUUCUCAUAAUUCAUACAUGCGUUGCCGAUCUUCUCUUUGCUCUAUUAUCUUUAGGCACGGAAAUUUUGACGUUGCUGACCUAUCCAAACUACUACGGUUCCAACUUCAUAUGCAAGUUUAUGAGAUAUGUCCAAAUGUUCCCAAUGUAUGCCAGCCCAUUCCUCUUGGUUGCAAUCAGCGCAGACCGUUACCAGGCGAUAUGCCGUCCGUUGGCUCACUUCCGCUCAUCACGAUAUCGUCGUCCAAAUUGGAUGGCUGCCAUCGCCUGGGGCCUCGCAUUGCUGCUCUCCGCUCCCCAGUUCAUUGUCUGGGGCAAAAACCCACGGACUGGAAAGUGCUCAACAAUUUAUGGAUCUCACAGAAACACACUGAAAAAUGUCUAUGUUAUCAUGUUCAACACGCUCGCCUGGCUUCUUCCGUCCAUUUUCGCCGCUAUUUUUUAUUAUUGCGUUUGUAAAGCAGUACGCUUGUCAUCCACCAAAUCAGUGCGCGCUAUGGAUAGUCAGAAGAAAAACGGAAAACACUCAACUGAGGCAACUGACAACUACAUUGAGGAGCUUAGAAAAAAGUCGAAAGGGUUCCGCCAGCAAAUGUCUGAAUUCGACCGAAAACGCGUUCAGACAGUCCGCCUCACUAUCACCAUUGUCGCAUGCAACUUCUUCCUUUGGAUGCCAUUCUGUGUCAUUAAUGUUAUACAGGCACUUUGGCCAGAGAUUUUACAUUCCAUGUUCAUUUCCUAUGUAGCAAUUUUGGGUAACCUGAACUCAUGUCUGAACCCGUGGAUUUACAUUCUGUUCAAUCGGUCACAUGUACGGAAAGCGUUGUGUCAAACCAGACACACGUACUCAGAAACAACAACUAAACGGAGUUUUGAGAAUUUUGAAUGUUCAUCUACUGCUACAAUGAAUAAUAACAACAACCGUUCCAAUGCAAAGUACAAGCAAGUGCACCAGAGAUCCUACUCAACCGACUGCACUUCUUUGAAAACUUCAACGCUGUCUUAA